AAAUAUUGAUUCCAGAUUCAUAUAUGGCUGUUACUGCCCUAGUUUAUUAUGGUAUCAAAGCAGUAGGUGCUUGACGGCAAGAUCUUGCCGCAACAGUAGAUCGUGACAGCAAGUUCUUUGAUGCAGACAACCAAUUUCUCAUGGCUUCUGAAGACACAACCACAAAGGCCAAUCCCAAGACGACAGGGGGAGUGAGGGAAGCUUUGAAAUCAGGCGACCCAGACUCUCCAUAUUACUUGCACCCAAGUGAUGAUCCUAGAAGGAUUUUGGUAACAUCCCCUUUGACAGGGGAGAAUUAUCACACAUGGAAGAGAGCACUACAAAAUGCUCUUUAUGCAAAGAACAAGAUGGGCUUUGUUGAUGGGACAUUGAGAAGACCAGAAAUAGACUCACCAAAUUAUGCAUCAUGGAAGAAGUGUAACUCAAUGGUACUGUCUUGGAUUCUAAACACAAUUUCAAAAGAACUGCAUGAUAGUGUUGCUUAUGCUGACAGUGUAAGAGAGGUUUGGAAUGAUCUGCAAGAGAGAUUUUCUAAAGGAAACACCACAAGAGUGUAUGAAUUAAAGCUUGAACUAGCCACCAUGGUUCAACAAGACAGAUCAGUUGCUGCAUACUUCACCAAAUUGAAACCAAUUUGGGACGAAUUACAUGCAUAUGAACCUACUCCAGUAUGUGUAUGUGGGUGUACCUGUGGGGCAGCGAAGGAGUACACAAAGGCAUGUGAGACAGAGAAGGUUCAUCAGUUUUUAAUGGGUUUGAAUGAUAACUUUUCGACUAUACGCUCACAAAUCCUAAAUUUGGAACCAUUACCUUCUUUAAACAAGGUAUAUGCAAUGGCAACCAAGGAGGAAAGGCAACAAGCUAUAACAGCUUCAAGAGGACCAGUAAUUGAAGCCACUGCCUUAGUAGCAAGGUCGAGUAUGAGUGGAAGAUUAAACAAUCCCGGAAAGGCACGAUGUGAUCAUUGCAAGAAAGUUGGCCAUACCAAAGACCGAUGCUAUGAGAUUAUUGGGUACCCCUCAAGUUGGAAGAUUGGAGGCACAAAGACAAAAGGCAAGGGUGAUGGACAGAGAAGUCAAAGUCAUGGAAGGGAAUUAAUCUUUGCAGCUAAAGCAAACCAUGAUCCAACAAGAACAGAUGGCAAUCAAAAUCAGUCUCCUCUUACCAGACUGACCAAGGAAUAUGGCGCCUCAGACCACAUGACCCCAAAUCUUUCCAGGCUUAUUGAAACCAUACCUUAUGUUGCACUAGUCCACAUACCUGAUGGAACCUCCUUACAUGUCUCUCAUAUAGGAAAAGCAAAACUAGCCCAAGACCUCACCUUAGACAAUGACCUAACCUCGAGGAAGUUGAUUGGAAUGGGUAAACUGCAUGAGGGAAUCUACUAUUGUGAAUUUGGGCAUGUUGCAGCUGCUAGUCGAAUCCCAUUUCACUCAGCUAACUCAGGUAUUCUCUACCCUCUUUCAAACCAUUUAUCUUAUGAUUCAUUCUCUCGUAAACACUCAACCUAUCUUGCGGCCAUCACUUCUGUAGAUGAGCCUAAGUCAUUUUACCAGGCCAUUAAGAAUGAGAAGUGGAGAGAAGCAAUGAGGAAAGAAAUUACUGCCCUUGAGCAGAAUGGAACUUGGACUCUUGAGCAAUUGCCUGCAGGGAAGAAGGUCAUCGACUCUAAGUGGGUCUACAAAAUUAAAUACAAGCCAGAUGGGACAGUGGAGCGGUAUAAGGCAAGACUGGUGGCUAAGGGAUUUACCCAAGUAGAGGGUCUUGAUUAUCAUGAGACUUAUGCUCCAGUUGCAAAACUGGUCACUAUAAGGCUCCUCCUUGCAAUAACAGCUAUUAAGCAUUGGGAACUCCAUCAAUUGGAUGUGAAUAAUGCCUUUUUACAAGGUGACUUACAUGAGGAAGUUUAUAUGAAGAUUCCCCAAGGAUUUACCUGUAAGGAUGGCAGUGUGGUUUGUCAACUAAGGAAGUCCUUAUAUGGCCUUAAACAAGCCUCUCGGAAUUGGUUUGAGAAGUUCACACAGUCCCUUAAGGCUGCUGGCUUUGUGCAAUCUCGAGCUGACUAUUCAUUGUUUACCUCAAGCAAAGGUCAGAGUUUUGUUGCUGUUUUAAUAUAUGUUGAUGACAUUAUCAUUACAGGGAACGAUACUGCAAGAAUUCAGGCCUUGAAACAAUAUCUGCACACAAGGUUUUCAAUUAAGGACCUUGGACCUCUCAAAUAUUUUCUUGGAAUUGAGGUGAUUCGUACAAGAGAGGGAAUUGUACUAAGCCAGCGUAAAUAUGCUCUCGACAUUCUUCAUGAAACUGGUGUUAUUGGAGCUCGCCCAAGCCACUCUCCAAUGGAGCAAAAUCAUCACUUGUCCUCUGCCACUGGACCGCUUCACACGGAUCCAGCCCAGUAUAAGAGGUUAAUUGGGCGACUACUCUACUUGACAAUCACCAGACCAGAUAUAUGUUACUCGGUUGGAUUGCUCACACAGUUUAUGCAAAACCCGCGACAAGAGCACCACGAAGUUGCUAUGAGAGUGCUGCGCGACAUUACAGGAUGUCCGAUCACUCGGCGGUCUACAACAGGGUACUUUAUUUCUUUGGGCAACUCUCCUAUUUCAUGGAAAUCAAAGAAGCAAGCAAUAGUCUCCAGGUCCUCUGCCGAAGCUGAAUACAGGGCAAUGGCAAUGACACUUAGUGAGUUGAUUUGGCUAAAGUCAUUGCUCUCUAAUCUGUGUAUUCCACAUGAACAACCGAUGACUCUUUAUUGUGAUAACCAAGCUGCCAUCCACAUAGCUAAUAAUCCGGUGUUUCACGAAAGGACAAAGCAUAUUGAAAUAGAUUGCCACUUCAUUCGAGAAAGACUUCAAGCAAGGGAGCUUGUUACCAGACAUGUAAUGUCCAAACAGCAACCCGCAGAUAUAUUUACCAAAGCCUUGGGUCGUGAACACUUUGCCUCAUUACUAUCCAAGUUGGGCAUUCGAGAUGUUCAUGCUCCAACUUGAGGGGGAGUAUAAGGCGGUGAUUAUGGAUGGAAUGGUCAAAAGAAUAUUUUGGAUUGAUUAGCAUUGAUUGGCAUUGUACAGUUUCUAUAUUUCCUUUUAUUUCCUUUUCUGGUAGCAGACCCCAGUUGUAUAUAGGUGUAAUGCUGCUUAUAAUGAAAUAUUGAUUUCAGA